AUGCUCAAAUAUAGACUGCUGCUCGUGGGUAUUCUAUUUUUGAGUCUGAGUCGCAGCCAAAUGUUUGAAUUGGGCUCCGAAAAGCGGUAUGCAAGAUCCGUGAUCAAUAUGGACGACCUACUGAAAAUGGAAGGCGAUUUGGUCCGCAAUUUGGAAAAGUUCGUUGAUUUGCUCUCCCAGAAAGCCAGAACCAUUAGAUGGGGUAUUCAGCAGAUGGAAGAAGUGCACCAGACGAUAAAUACAGGAUUAUCGGAAUUUUGGGCUAACCCGUUCAGCAGUUAUUCCCUCAUCCGUCAUAUGCAAUCGGAUUGGUUGAUGUGGCGACAGUAUUUGGAAAGGCCAAUAGGUCUCGAAGAAUUGGCUUAUAUUGUAGCAAAAAAUUCGACGAUGCCACAGAAAAAUGAUUUUUUCGACGCUGCUGAUGGAAUUACAAAAAUGCAAGGGACUUACCAACUGUUAGCGAGUGAUAUAGCCAAUGGUUUGCUGGAUGGAGUGCAAUACAACUCCUCGCUGGCAGCUAUUGAUUGUCUGGAAUUGGGUCUCGAUCAGAUGGAUCAAUCACAUUUGACUUCUGCGGAGCAAUGGAUUUUAGCAGGCAUUAAGGCGUAUAAUCGGUCAAGUAACCAGAAGGAAAUGCAGUUGCUAAGGGGACCAAAAAAAGCUGAACUUUAUGGGACACUGGGUCAAGUGCGAAGGGAGCUAGAAAUAUUUCAGGAAUAUCAUGGCUUGGAUAGAGAUGUUCUUAAUUAUCCAGAAACCGAACAGACAAUUAAUAAGCAAAAUGAUGAAGAAGAGGCCUUUGUUCGUUCACAGCUGCCAUCGUGCUGCAGUGGUCAGUGUGAAGUUCCCCGAAAACUAAGAAAACUGUAUUGUUUGUACAACCAUGUCACCGCACCAUUCCUACGUUUGGCCCCCAUCAAAACUGAAAUUCUCUCAGUUGAUCCCUUUAUCGUUGUACUACAUGACAUGGUAUCCCCAAAAGAAAGCGCGCUGCUACGUUCUUCUAGCAAAAAGAACAUGAUACCAUCGUCCGUAUACCAUGUCGCGACCAAAAGUCACGAGGUCAGCACUUUCCGAUUGUCAAAGUUUGUUUUGUAUAAUAACAGCUUUAACGAGGCGACCCUGAAGAUAGCUGAGCGCUUGGGAGAUGCGACUGGUCUGGAUAUGAACUGUACGGAGGUAUUUCAGGUCAUGAACUAUGGAUUAGGGGGCUUCUUUGAUACGCAUAUGGACCUGAUGCUUUCGAGAAAGGAUCGAUUCAAGGGAAAACCGGAGCGAAUGGCUACCACACUAAUUUAUCUAAGUGAUGUCCUUCAAGGCGGCGCCACCUUAUUCCCAAAACUCAACCUGACGGUUUUUCCAAAGUCCGGAUCGGCCCUUUUUUGGUACAGCUUUAACACCAAGGGAAAUGCGGAAAUGCGCACUAUCCAUACCGGCUGUCCAGUCAUCGUGGGCUCUAAAUGGGUUGUGAGCAAGUGGAUAUACGAUAAAGGACAAGAGUUCAGAAGACCCUGCAUUGAUUCAAAUUUAAACCUUAAGAAUACUUUAUCUAUUGAAAAAAUUAUAAUAUAGUUCUGCAUCUGAUUUUGACUUACAAUUCUUAACAUUAAUCAAUAAAAUGUUGGAACUUA